AUUUAAGGGGUCCACUAGACCAAUUCAGUAGUCUUUAAAUAUACUCAACAUCAGAAGACAGUCAGCUGCUGACUUAUCUGAAGCAGAAACCUGUUUAAGACAUUAUUUGUUAACAUGAUUUCUGUCAAAGAUAUGGCUAAGACUGCAGUCGUUGUAUAUGCAAUUUGUUUCUUUGCAAAAUCUGAUGGAAAACCAGCGACGAAGAGGUCAGUGAGUGAGAUGCAACUGAUGCACAAUCUUGGGGAGCACCUGCACACUGUGGAGAGACAGGAUUGGCUUCAGCUGAAACUGCAGGAUGUGCACAGUGCCCCCGAGGCACUGGUGGAUGCUAGAACCCAGAGGCCCCGAAAGAAGGAUGAUAUUGUUCUGGGAGAGAUCAGAAGUCGUAGGCUGCUCCCUGAGCAUUUGCAGGCAGCAAUGCAGAAGAAACCUAUUGUUCUGGACAAAGCUUACAUGGACAACAUCCUCUUCAAAACAAAGUCCCAGUGAAAGAGGCAUAGCAUUGUAUCUGUCCAAGUAAGCACAUGUCUGUAACUCACCGAGCAACUAGGGCAUUUUAUUAUUAUUUAUUAUUUGUAUUACAUUAGUUUCUAGAGGCCCCAACCAAGACAGAAGCUCCAUUCAGCUAGGUCCUUUACAAACAUAGAUUAAGAGAUUGUCCCUACCCACCAUCUCAAAUGUUGAUAAUUUUUGAAUAUCUAAUUCAAUCGCUAAUGGGUCCCAUUUAUUUCCAUUGUUUAAAAAAAUAAUGUAUGUUUAAAAAACCAAACAAGCAGGAGGUUUAAAUAUAAAUAGUUACAAAAAAGGCAGAGUUAAAAUAAUUUAAGGCCAGGUUCUACCACUCUUACUCACAUUGAAUAGUACCUUAACCCAAUGGAAUCCUCAGAGAAUAAAUUACUAAUCAACCUAAGUGAGGACGACAGAAUCUGACCCCAUAAUAAAAAGGGCACCACCAGUUCUAUAGGGACUGAAACAUGUGCUUCACUCUACACACAGUGACCAGUCCCAUUGAUCCACUACUCACAAUGCAUAAAGUUAAGUCACAUUCAUUUACAAGAUCAGGCCAAGAUUUGGGAAGUGUUAAUUACAUAUAAAAAUAAAAAAAGAGGACUUUAAUUUAAAAAAUAUUAAAAAGUAAGGUAAAAUAUAAACAUAGGAAAAACAAAGAUUAUAAAUUAUUAAAAGGAAAGGGCUAGAAUUAAAACUAAUUCUAUAAACAAUAGAAAAAUCAAGGGUUAAAUAUAAUAUUAAAAUAGGGGAAAGGUUUAAUUACCCAACAAAGGCCAAAAGGAUAGGAUCUAUAACAUAAACAAUAAAAGGAGAUGUAGUGGCAUGCAUCUAGGUGUGAGGCUAGGUAACACAAAGUGGGAGUGAGGUAUGGGUCAGACAGUUAAAAUUAAAACCAAAAUCGUACACAAUAUUUUCAUCUCCCUCUUGUCUGUAAAUUAUUCACUCUCUAAAUUGUCUGUAAGUUAUCGUAGGCCCCAUGUGUGAGUAACUUUAUGCUGUAGGACUAAUAAUUCAUAUGGGUAAUGUUAUUCAUGUGCAUGCAUAAGUAUUUAUAGGAAUGGGGUAAUAGAUUCUAAAAUCCUUGCAACAGGUUCCCAUUAGCCUGUGGAAAUCAUUGCCACAAUAUACCACACAGGCUGAGAGCUUAGCAGAAUUCAAAAAAGGAUUGGACAUUUUUAUGAAUAACAAAAAGGUUUAUAAGUUAAAUUGUAAGGAUAAAAAAGAAUAGCAAAGAAAAAACCCUUAACCUGAAUUUUGGAAGGAAUAUAAACCCUCAUGCUUUGGAGCAUAAACAAACUUCUGACUAAUGGAGUUUAGAAAGAAACUUUUCCUAUAGGUAAUGUUUUCCAUAAUUGUCUGCUGUGGAGUUUAUUACACCUUCCUCCAAAGCAUCUAUUACAGAGCACUAUCAGAACCAGAUACUGGACUAGAUGAGAUGAACUAUUGGUCUCAGCCAGCCUGGCUUUCCCCAUGUUCCCUAGCCAUUUUGCCAGCCAUGGAAGUAAACAUUUUCAACACCACCCACUCCCUGCAAUGGCUGAGGGGAGGAGGGAAAAAAGGGCUGGCCAAUCAAUGAAGCAAAUGGAAAACGGCCAGCUAGGCAAAGCAUAGAGCAAAAAUUAAAAGGCAGAGCGGGUCACAACAGCACAGUGCUCCCUGGAAGUUGGCACCGAGGGCGCCCCUAGAACCUGCCCUGUUCCCAUAUAAUGUUUAUUUGUCUGUUUGGUGUCUUCAUGCUUUGGGAAACCAGUGAACAAAUAAUAAAUAAUAAUUUCACAAUAUAAAUUAAAAUCUUCGGCAAAUUAGAAAUGUACUUGCAACUAGUGAACUGUAUUUCAUUAUCUUGACUAUACCUUUACUAAUGUAAAGGCCCUGAUGCUACAAACUGAUGAUGCACUAAUGCAGACCCUGCACCUGCACAAAGUCCCAUUACAGUGAAUGGUACGCGAUGGGUGUUUAGGGUUCUUUGAUAGUACAUCUAUUUGUGGGACUGGGGCCUUAAAGUGCACCUUCUAUUUAUUCUUUUGUUGUAUGUUUGUGCAUAACUUAUAAAGGAAUAAAAUUGCAUUUUUGUACCUAUGUCUCGCUUAUGUAUCACCAAAU